AUGUAUAAGUUCAUCGGAACUAGAUCUGCAGCCACUACAAGAAUUCUCACAAAAUGCAAUUUAAGAAGUAGCAUACACACAACUUCAAUAAUAUUGAAUGAACAAAAAACUGUCAAAUCUGUACAGUCCAAUAAAGUAUUAACUAUACCGAAUGUCUUAACGAUGUCAAGAAUAGCAGCAACCCCAUUUAUUGGUCAUUUCAUCAUAACAAGUAACUUAACUCCAGCACUUGGUAUAUUUGCAUAUUGUUGUAUAACAGAUUUCCUUGAUGGCUAUAUAGCAAGAAAAUAUAAAUUAGGAUCUAUGGCUGGGAGCAUAUUGGAUCCAAUGGCCGAUAAAUUAUUGAUGCUUGUCACAACGGUUGCAAUGACAAUGCCGUCUGGACCUGCAAUUAUCCCAUUACCACUUGCAUUCUUAAUUGUGGGUAGAGAUUUUGGACUAGCGGUAGCUGCCUUUGUAUUAAGAUAUACAUCAUUAAAGAAAGUCUACAAAAGAAUUACUUGGAAAUCAUAUUGGAACUUCUUCAAGUAUCCUAGCGCGAUGGUGAAACCUUCCCAAAUUUCCAAAUGGAACACUUUCUUACAAAUGAUAUAUCUAGGGCUAGGUGUUAUAGUGUUAAUGAAGGACAAGAAAAUAGACAUGGAAGGAGAGGAAAAUGAUGAGAAAGACAAAGAAAAUACUCCAUUAUUGACGAGUUUCAAAUGGUUGGGUUUCAUAGUGGGUGGUACAACCGUACUAAGUGGUGCAUCGUAUGCUCUAAGCAGAAACGCCAUCAGAGUUCUCAAGAUAUAA